AUGGAUGCGAUGGAUCUCCCUGCCAAGGGGCCGGAGGGGGAGGAGGGCGUCCACUACUACGCCCCGCAGAGCAACUACGCAAACGGGUGCACGAUGUGCACCCCGGCCUGCUCUCGAGGCUCUUCGACCGCUUCCCGCUGGCGGACUCGGAAGGAGGAGAUGGAGCGGCUGAUGGCGCUCGCCAGCCACCUCCACACCAAGAUGAUACAGGAGUGCCGGGGGAUGCACCGCAUGUUCUCGAUCGCGGACGUGAGGGGGAGGAUCGAGUGCCCCGAGUCGGUCCGCUGCACGGAGGUGAUGGGCACCGUCCAGAGCCUCCCGAGCGACUUCAUCCAGCAGUUCGACGGGGAUGGGAACGCGAUCUGCAUCGUGACGGACCUCCCCAAGCUGGUGGAGUGCAUGCCGGAGGAGUCCGCCGUCCUCGUCAACGCCAACUUCCACACCGUGGCGCUGGUCCGCUGGGAGGGGGGGCUCUGGUUCUUUGACCCGAUGGUGGCCUGCAUCAGGGGCAUGGCGGGGCCGCGGGAGGCGCUCAACUUCAUCUGCGAGCGCUGCAUCCCCACCCACUGCCAGGAGUUCACCGGGAUGUUGAUCAAGCCAUCGGCGCGAAGCCCACCAUGUGAUGGAGAAGGGGCGAUGCUCCUCCCCUGGAAGGGGGGUGUCUGGCAGGGCUGGCUGUGGAAGAACCGCAGUUUCAGCCCCGCCCCGAUGUUGCAGAGCUCCACCUGCCCCGACAAGACGUCCUUGGUCAGGGAGCCCUGA